UUCUGUUUGCAGAUGUAUGAUAAGUCAAGUAGUGAGCUAUAAUAGCUGCAUUGAACUUCUAAACUUUGGGAGAAUUGCCUAGACAUUGGUUCAGCACUUGAACGGCAACUGUUUGUAUUCUGAAAUAGGGAAAAAAUGUCAGCAGCCAUGCCAUACAUGAAAAUGAAAAUUGAUCCACGGAACCUACAGAUUCAGACACAUACUGUGGAGAAGUUACUGGAACCCCUCAUUAUUCAGGUUACCACAUUAGUGAAUUGCCCUCAAAACCCUUCUAAUAAGAAAAAAGGAUGCUCCAAACGAGCCCGUGUUAUCCUUGCUUCUGUGGAAGAAGCCACUUGGAACUUACUGGACAAAGGGGAAAAAAUUGCUAAAGAGGCUCCUGUGCUAAUGGAGGAACUUAAUGCUGCACUUCGUGAUGUCCGCAAAGAAAGUGAAGCUUUAAGGGUAGCUGCAAAAAAGUUCACAGAUGAUCCUUGUUAUUUGCCUAAAAGGGAGGCCGUUGUCCAAGUAGCACGUGCUCUUCUGGCUGCUGUUACAAGGCUUCUUAUUCUGGCAGAUAUGAUUGAUGUCUCAUACCUGUUGCAACAUCUAACCAUGGUUCAAAGGACAUUUGUGUGUCUUCAAAAUGCAUCUAGUAAAUCUGAACUACAGAAAACAUAUAAAAACCUCCAGAAAGAGUUGAAAAAGCUGGACCAUUUGGCAUUCAAACGACAACAGGAUUUAAAAUCCAACAAUCAACGCGAUGACAUUGCAGCAGCACGUGCUUCUCUGAAGGAAAAUUCAUCUCUUCUCCAUUCAAUUUGCUCUGCUUGUUUGGAACAUUCAGACAUUUCAUCUCUUGCAGCCAGCAAGGACUCUGUUUGUAAUGAAAUACAGAAUGCUCUUGAUGUCAUUUCCAAUGCUUCUCAAGGAAUUGGAAAUCAAAAGGUUCAGUCGACAUCACAGUCUGCUACUCUUGGAAGUGCCCUUGAUGAAUUUGAGAAUCUGGUUGUCUUGGAUCCUCUUACUGUGAAGGAAGACAAAACAAGGCCAUCACUAGAAAAGCGUUUAGAAGGAAUUAUCAGUGGUGCUGCUUUGUUAGCAGAUUCUUCUUGCACACGUGAUAUUCACCGUGAGCGCAUUAUCACGGAGUGCAAUGCUAUUCGCCAAGCCCUCCAAGAUCUUCUUUCAGAGUACAUGAAUAAUGCUGACAAAAAAGAAAGGAGCAAUGCCUUGAAUAUUGCAAUAGAUAAUAUGUGCAAGAAAACAAGAGACCUCCGCAGGCAGCUCCGAAAAGCUAUCAUUGAUCAUAUCUCAGACUCCUUCUUGGACACAACUGUUCCACUUCUUGUGCUCACUGAAGCUGCCAAAAAUGGAAGAGAAAAGGAAAUAAUGGAAUAUGCUGCUAUAUUUAAAGAACACACAUGCAGGCUUAUUGAGGUGGCUAAUCUUGCUUGCUCAGUAUCAACAAAUGAAGAAGGAAUAAAAAUUGUCCAAACAGCAGCAAGUCAUAUGGAGACUUUGUGCCCACAGGUUAUCAACGCUGCUUUAGCUCUUGCGGCCAAACCCAAAAGCCAGGUGGUGAGAAACAACAUGGAAAUGUAUAAAAACACAUGGGAGAACCACAUACAUGUGCUCACUGAAGCUGUGGAUGACAUUACAAGCAUUGAUGACUUUCUUGCUGUAUCAGAAAGUCAUAUCCUUGAGGAUGUAAACAAAUGCAUCAUUGCCCUAAGAGAACAGGAUGCCGAUGAUUUAGAUCGUGCAGCUGGUGCCACGGGGCGUGUGGCUAGAGUGGCACAUAUUGUUUCUGGUGAGAUGGACAGUUACGAGGCAGGGGCCUACACUGAAGGAGUGAUGCGAAAUGUGCAGUAUCUUACAAAUGCUGUGAUUCCAGAGUUUAUUGGUCAAGUCAACACUGCAUUGGAAAAGAUAAGCAGGAAUACAAUUCAUCUGUUUGAUGACAAUCAGUUUGUUGACAUCUCCAAGAAAGUCUAUGACACAAUUCAUGACAUUAGAUGUUCAGUUAUGAUGAUUCGGACCCCAGAAGAACUUGAAGAUGUCUCUGAUCUCGAAGACGAUCAUGAUGCACACAGCCGCACCAGUACUCAAACUGAAGGGAAAACAGACAGGGCAAAGAUGACUCAGUUGCCAGAGGCAGAAAAAGAAAAGAUAGCUGAGCAAGUGGCUGACUUUAAGAAAGUCAAGAGUAAACUUGAUGCAGAGAUUGAAAUAUGGGAUGAUACCAGCAAUGACAUCAUCGUUCUGGCUAAACGGAUGUGUGUGAUUAUGAUGGAGAUGACAGACUUCACAAGGGGUAGAGGCCCACUGAAGAAUACAUCAGAUGUUAUUAAUGCAGCAAAAAUGAUCUCAGAGUCAGGAUCAAGAAUGGAUAUGCUUGCAAGACUAAUUUCUAAUCAGUGUCAAGACCCAUCAUGUAAGCAGGACUUGCUGGCUUAUCUAGAACAGAUCAAACUGUAUUCCCACCAGCUCAAAAUCUGCAGUCAAGUUAAAGCUGAAAUACAGAAUUUAGGCGGAGAACUCAUCAUGUCAGCAUUGGACAGCGUGACUUCACUAAUUCAGGCUGCCAAGAACUUGAUGAAUGCCGUGGUGCAGACAGUGAAGAUGUCCUAUAUCGCCUCUACGAAGAUUAUCAGAAUUCAAAGUCCUGCUGGCCCACGACACCCUGUGGUGAUGUGGCGGAUGAAGGCUCCGGAAAAGAAGCCUUUGAUUAAGAGAGAGAAGCCAGAGGAAAUCUAUGCAGCUGUCAGGAAAGGGUCGGCUAAGAAGAAAAUCCAUCCCGUUCAAAUCAUGAGUGAAUUUAGAGGAAGAGAAAUAAACUGAAAUUAUUAUUCCGUUCACUGCACAAGUUUCCUACACCAA